CGCGUUAAAAUUUACAAGUAUUAUGGCUUCUCCUAGUGGAAAUUCUUCGUCAGGGUCAGAGGAUCUGCAACAACUAAUGGAUCAAAGGAAACGUAAAAGAAUGAUAUCGAACAGGGAAUCAGCAAGAAGAUCAAGAAUGAAGAAGCAGACACAUUUGAAUGAAUUAAUGGCUCAAGUGAAUCAACUGAAGGAACAAAAUAAUCAAAUUGUGAGCAACAUAAAUAUGGUGAGUCAGGUUUAUUUGAAUGUGGAAGCAGAGAACUCUGUUCUCAGAGCACAAAUGGCAGAGUUGAGUAAUAGGCUACAGUCUUUAAAUGAGAUCAUAAACUGCAUCAACUCAGCAAACUCAACAAUUGAUGAAACAGAGAUUAAUUGUGAAGAUGAUUUCUUGAAUCCUUGGAAUUUGCUACAUGUGAAUCAGCCGAUUAUGGCUUCUGCUGAUGCUUUCAUGUACUGAUUUAGUAUCAUUUUGGUCAUUGAAAAGUCGAUUUUUUCUAAAAAGACAAUGUUGUUGUUGGGAUUCUUGGAUUGGCUUUAGAUGAAGGUGUUUGGUUAGGUUCACUAAUAAAUAAUUGGAUUUGAUAAAAUAGUUGAUGACGCCUUCUCGAUUUGUAAGAGCUUGGGCUGUUACUCUAUUGUAUUGUAGCUUAUAUUUUCCAUAAAUAUGACAUUUGGAUAAAUUGUAUCAA